GUCAUCUACACUGAACACUCUCCGACGACGCCAUAUUUUCGUUUGUUGCCGGGUGGCGAAAAGUGAUAAAAUUGUAGUUAAGUAGGCGUUAUUUCGCAAAAUUCCUGAUUAUUAGGUUAAAGUCAAAGAUCAAGGAUAGAAAAUGCAGAACGGAGAUAUAGACGAAGAGUUAGCUUGUUCCGAAAAAGAAGUCGAAAGGAAUCAGGACAGGAAGAGCAGUAAAGUGACUAUAAAACACCUACCCCCAGAAACAACGAAGGAAAAAAUAGAAGAGCUAAUAGAUUCUUUUGGUAAAAUUAGUCGCUGUGAUAUUAUUACUCCAAAUCCUGAACAAAAAGUUGCUUACAUCACAUUUGAAUCUUCUGACGAAGCUAUUCAGGCCCUGGAAAAUCUUAAUAAUAAAGAAUACGAAGGAAGAAAUUUAAGUGUCGAAUUAGUGACCGGCUCUAAAUCAAAACGUGGGCAGCAUGCGGGAAGAUUUGGAGGACGAGGAACAGGAUAUCCGCUCAGGAUUUUGGUACCAAGUGAUUUUGUAGGUGCUAUUAUCGGUCGUAAAGGUCAAACGAUUAAAAAUAUUACAACGCAAAGUCGGGCUAGAGUCGACGUUCAUUGCAAAGAAAACACUGGCUUACUUGAAAAAGUCAUCUCAAUAUAUGGCCAGCCGGACAAUUGUUCGAAUGCCUGCAAAGAAAUAUUGCGCGUUAUGCAACAGGAAAGUGAAAAUGCAAACAGAGGAGAAGUAGCUUUGAAAAUGCUUGCGGAAGAUCGUCACUGUGGUCGAAUUAUUGGAAAAAAAGGAACAGUUAUUAAACAGAUUCGAAGUGAAACUGAUACAAAAAUAUACGUAAGCAAUUUGCAAGAUGUACCGGCGGUGUUCCCGGAUAGAGUGAUAACAAUAAAUGGAGAAUUGGAAAGGAUGCAGAAAGCUGAAAAUAUAAUAUCUAGUAAACUCAGAGAGUGCUAUGAUAAAGAAUCGGUGUCACCUGGUGUUCAUGCUCCGUAUAUACCUCCACCUCCAUCUGGUCUUAUGACACCAUAUCGUAUGCCUUUUAUGCCUCCUCCCACUUACAUGCAACAACAGCCAGUUCCUUUUCAACUCCCUCCGCUACCUUUCGGCGACUCUUGUCAAGUCCAUGUACCCCAUACAUCAGUAGGAGCAAUAAUAGGAGCUGGUGGCUCAAGCAUCAAGCAGAUCAUUCGUCAAUCAGGAGCCUUUGUUGCUGUUGAGCAAAAGGCAGAUGAAAAUACUACAAAUGAAAGAAUUGUAACAAUAAAAGGUUUGAUGGAUGCUCAGUGUAGGGCAUUAUAUCAACUUUAUGAAAGAGUAAAUAGUGAUGUGUAUGCCAGUUUCGAAACUUGUCGUCUGCGCAUUACCAUUAGAGUUCCGAGAAGUAUGGUAGGAAGAGUGAUUGGAAAAAAUGGGAAAAACGUUCGUGAUGUUCAACGAAUGACAGGAGCCAUAAUCAAAUUACCUGACGAAACAUCUGGAGGUGAAGAUACCCCCGUUGAUGUGUUUGGUAACUUUAUGUCCGUACAGCAAGCUAUGUAUCAAGUUCGAACUCUAAUCGCUACAGCACCUGGAAGGCAAGAUUAG